CAGAGCCCCCGGCCGCGCGCCGCCGCCGCUGGCUCGCAGGUCCCCGCGCAGGCCCUCGCGCGGCGGUGAGGCGGCGCCGAGGCCGAGGAGAGGGCGACGAGGCGACCGCGCGGAGGCGAGCGGGCCAGGCCCGGCUGGGCGGCCGCCGCCAUGAGCGGCUCCUCGGGCACCCCGUACCUGGGCAGUAAGAUCAGCCUCAUCUCCAAGGCGCAGAUCCGCUACGAGGGUAUCCUCUACACCAUCGACACGGACAACUCCACCGUGGCGCUCGCCAAAGUGAGGUCCUUUGGUACUGAAGACCGUCCCACAGAUAGGCCUGCUCCCCCUAGAGAGGAGAUUUAUGAGUACAUCAUCUUCCGGGGAAGUGAUAUCAAAGAUAUUACUGUGUGUGAACCUCCGAAAGCUCAGCACACGCUCCCUCAGGAUCCUGCUAUCGUUCAAUCUUCCCUGGGCUCGGGCUCGGCCUCCUCCUUCCAGCCACACGUGCCUUACAGCCCCUUCCGAGGGAUGCCGCCCUACAGCCAGCUGGCCGCCAGCUCCCUGCUUAGCCAGCAGUAUGCCGCUUCCUUGGGUUUAGAGAAGUUGGUAAGCCCUCCAGCCUCAGCCGCGGCUUCCAGCCCUAGUUCUUCUCCAUCUCCACAACCUGUUUCAGAGCUUGACAUGUCCUCAGAGCCACACCAGCUCACUUCCAAGGGAGCCAGCUUUCCGUCUGUCUCAGUCAGCAAGAGCCCCAUGGUGGAGCAGGCCGUCCAGACUGGAUCCCUUGAUAACUUGAACUCCAAGAAGCUGUUACCUGGCAAGGGCACUGUGGGCAUGCAGCUCAACGGGCGCCCGGCCCCACCCAGCACCAAGGCCACCACCGAUAUAGCUCAGCCAGCAGCUGUGCAAACUCAAGGGCAGGUGAACGACGAGAACAGAAGACCUCAGAGGAGGCGCUCAGGGAACAGACGAACAAGGAACCGCUCCAGAGGGCAAAGCCGUCCAACUAACAUCAAGGAAAACACAAUCAAGUUUGAAGGUGACUUUGAUUUUGAGAGUGCAAAUGCCCAGUUCAACCGAGAAGAGCUGGACAAGGAAUUUAAGAAGAAACUGAAUUUUAAAGAUGACAAGGCUGAGAAAGGGGAAGAGAAGGACCUGGCCGUGGUGACCCAGAGUGACGAGGCCCCUGCUGAGGAGGACCACUUGGGGCCCAACUGCUACUAUGACAAAUCCAAGUCCUUCUUUGACAAUAUCUCCUCUGAACUCAAAACCAGUUCCAGGCGGACAACAUGGGCUGAGGAGAGGAAGCUCAACACGGAGACCUUUGGAGUGUCAGGGAGGUUCCUCCGAGGCCGUAGUUUCCGGGGUGGAUUUCGAGGGGGCAGGGGCAACGGUGCAACCCGCCGUAACCCGACUUCCCACAGAGCUGGGACCGGCAGGGUGUAACGAGGCAGCCAAAGGCUCUUGCUGAAGCGGCACGGGUGCCAGGCCGUGUCUACGAGGACGAUGGAGAACGCUGCACUUACUGGGGGAGACGUGGUCACUUCGUUUACUGAGUUUGGAAAGUUCCACACUACUUCUUAAGUUUUGGACUGAACUUGGAUGUGGUCUGGGUUAGAACCUCUUGUUUGGGGAAGUGUACAUGGGAAACCGCUUCGAGGUGUCCUAGCCUAUUUUUCCUUUUAGUUGUGCACAGCCUGAUUCUAAGGUUUUGGUGUUCUGCAGAAAGGUUCUGGAGCGAAAGCGUGAUGCUCAUUUUGUGACCUUUCUUGGACAGCUUUGACUUUAAGGUGGAACCAAAUUUCAUUUGGCAAAUGCAGCAGCCAAAUGCAUCUCUGUAACUCAACUGGCCACAGGUGCUGUUGGCCUGGCACCCUCACUGCCACAGGUGGGGCCCAGGAGCCGGGCACGGCCAGCACAGGGGCAUGUGGGGGCGGGUGGGCCUAGGGCAGGGGAAGUGCGGUGUCCCACAGAUCAUGUUGUAUAAGCAAAGCAGAUGACCCUGACAUCCCAAGGGGCAAUGUCAAGGUAGGGGCUGGCUGGUGGGGUUGGGGUGGGGGGCUCCUGGUGGUGAGCUGUCACUUGGAGCAUGGCUUCUGUAGGAAUCGGGGUCGGGGUAAACACCCAGGACAAGCCCCUCGGUGGCGUGCCUGUCCUCACCAGACCCUGACCUGGGCCAGUCAGUGUUGGACUCAGGCCGAACGCUGUUCGGUGUCUCAUCCACUUGGAAAUGAGCCAGUCUUUUUUUGCGAGGUCGAUUGACCGAGAGCAUAUUUCUUCUCAGUUGUAAAUAGUUCCAUGUUUUUGUUUUACUGGUAGGUGGAGGGGAGGGUGGGAAAUAAAUUCGUUGCAUGAGACCUUUAGUAGAAGCAUGUUCCCUCUGACAGGGCAUUGUGAUGAACAUAAGCACCUUGGUAACUAAAUCCCUUUAAGUAGGUAUAAAGGUUUUAGUUCUGUAUUACGUUACUGUAAAAGCUUAGGUUUAUUUUUGUAGGACUUCAUGGCUAAGAAUUAGAGCAUAGCAAUGGGGGUUGCUCUGUUGGAGUAAUGUAAACUUGUAAUUAUAAAUAAACACGCAAACCUUUAAAACUC